AUGCUUUUCCAAAACAAAGAUGCUCCAGUUUUACAAUUAUUCUCCCUAAAAGGAAAAGUUUCUUUGAUUACGGGAGGCUCGAGAGGCAUUGGUUUGGCGGUCGCAUUAGGUCUAGCAGAGGCUGGGUCAGAUAUUGCAAUUACUUACAAUACGUCUGGAAGUAAUUAUAUUGCUGAUAUUGAGAAACAAUUUAUUGGCUUAGGAGUUAAAUUUAAAGCGUAUCAGUGUAAUGUUUCAAAUAAAGAACAAAUAACUACAUGCGUCGACCAGGUUUUUGCAGAUUUCGAAAGAUUAGAUGUAGUCAUACCAAAUUCUGGUGUUACUUCUCAAGGACCCGCUGAAAAAUUCAGCGAACAAGAUUAUAGGAACACAAUGUCAGUUAAUUUGGAUGGUGCGUUCUUUACAGCACAGGCUGCCGCUAAUUCUUUCAAAAAACAAAAGGCAGAGGGUAAAUUAGAUCAAGGCAGAAUUGUUUUCACUACUUCGGUCUCAUCGCAAAUUGUCAAUAUCCCUCAAAGCCAAGCUCCAUAUAAUGCUUCGAAGGCGGGUUUAGUAAGAUUAGCUAAAUGUCUUUCUGUUGAAUGGGUAGAUUUCGCACGUGUUAAUUGUGUUUCGCCGGGUUUUAUUGCUACAGAUAUGCUCGAUUCUCUUCCAAAUGAAUGGAGAGAUAAGUGGAUGUCGAUGGUUCCGGCGCAAAGAUUUUGCUCGCCGUAUGAAUUGAAAGGUGUCUACGUUUAUCUAGCUAGUGAUGCUUCUUCAUACAUGACAGGAGCCGAACUUGUUGUUGGUGGUGGUUACACUUUGACUUAA